AUGGCCGCACCGCCGCAGACGAUAGCGCUCGCGGGGCUCAUCCUCCUCAACUUUGUCCUCGCCGUGGCAGCGCUCUGCCUUCACGUCCUCGGCCGCCGCAGGCCCCGGCAGCAAGUCCCGCCGCCGCUCGAGGCGGCCGCCGCGGGGGAGGCGGAGGAGGAGGAGGAGGAAGGCGGCGGUGGGGAGCGGCCGCAGAACCAGCGGCGUCGGAGGAGGGCGCGGAGGAAGCGGCAGCAGCAGGAGGAGGGGGCGGCGGCGGCGGAGGGUGGUGGCCACGGCGCGGACGGGGACCGGGACGCCGCCGCGAAGGCGGCGGGGAAGGAGGCGCUGCUCCCCCGCCGGCCUGAGUUCCCGCUCGCCUCCGUGGCUGGCCCGCUGCAGCGGCGGAUCAACGCGCGGUACGACGACCUCGCGCGGGCCAGCGAGGCGCAGUGCCUCACCAUCGAACAGGUUAAUGAGUUUGUUAACUGUCUCAGAGAUGCUAGAAACGAGUUGCUGCAGAGGUACGAGAAUGUACAAAGAAGCUUCAAAAUAAAGAAGGCAAUGCUAUCCAACCAUCGAAACUAUAGGUCUUCAUACGAACGCCUCUUUGAACAGGUACGUAGAUUGGAAACCGAGCGCGAUAACCUAAAGAAAGAUGCUGCCAUCUACAACAAUAUUCAAGAGCGUCUUCAGAAGUCAGCAGCAUACAAAAUGAUCAUGGAGCUCAGUGCUAUGGAGAUGGAGGCCCAAGAGAUAUCAUUCGAGGAGCUGCUGGCUAAGGAGAAGGAGGACACCGCCUUCUGGCAGCGCAACGGGAAGCUGAGAUCAUUCUCGUCCAAGUAG